AAAAGCUGCAGUGGUAGUGGGCCACUUAAUCUCUUCUUAUUAGCUACACAAAGCGAGACAGAGAGUUCAGUAGAAGUUCUGUAGACUCAAAUCCACUGAUUGAGCAAAGAAAAAACAAAGAAAAAUACGUUUCUCAUGAACAGAUCUCAUUUGAUACGUCUCAAAUGGACUUAAUCCGUUGCACUUCCUGCUUCCAGCAUUCUCCCACACUCAUCGCUCCAACAUUCCGCCACCGUACCACUCCAAAACCUAACUUGACUACAAUAUCCAACAACCAUGCAACAGUAUCAACGACUAGAAUGGUGGUUAAAGCACGCGGAGGUGGAGCGGCUGAGGCCGAAACUGCUUUGGUUGACAAGCCUAAGGUUUUAAAGAGAUUUCAGGUGUCUGAUGGCCAUCCCGCUCCAUUUGGUGCCACUAUUCAGGACGGUGGCGUCAAUUUUGCGAUAUAUUCGGCCAAUGCCACUUCUGCUACUCUCUGCCUCAUUGCUCUCUCGGAUUUGCAACAGAAUAGAGUUACGGAGCAGAUACCACUUGAUCCAUUGGCUAAUAAGACUGGAGAUGUGUGGCAUGUAUUUUUGAAAGGAAAUUUUAAAGAUAUGCUAUAUGGAUACAUAUUUGACGGGGAGUUUUCUCCUGAAAUUGGUCAUUACUAUGAUUCUUCCAGGAUUUUAUUGGAUCCGUAUGCAAAGGCAGUUAUAAGCAGAGGGGAGUUUGGGGCUUUAGGGCCUGAAGAUAAUUGUUGGCCCCAAAUGGCCGGAAUGGUGCCUACUUCAGAAGAUCAGUUUGAUUGGGAAGGUGAUUUACCUUUGAGACAUCCAGGCAGAGAUCUCAUAAUUUACGAAAUGCAUGUGCGUGGAUAUACAAGGCAUGAAUCUAGCGGGACAAAAUUUCCCGGCACGUAUUGUGGUGUGGUGGAAAAGCUUGACCACUUAAAGGAACUUGGAGUCAACUGCAUAGAAUUAAUGCCAUGUCAUGAAUUCAAUGAGUUGGAGUACUACAGCUACAAUUCUGUUUUGGGUGACUAUAAGUUGAACUUUUGGGGAUAUUCAACAAUCAAUUAUUUUUCCCCCAUGAUAAGGUAUUCAUCUUCUGGUAUUCGUAGCUGUGGUCGUGAUGCAAUUAAUGAAUUCAAAUAUCUUGUUAAAGAAGCACAUAAACGCGGAAUUGAGGUUAUCAUGGAUGUUGUUUUCAAUCACACAGCUGAAGGCAAUGAGAAAGGUCUCAGUGUGUCAUUUAGAGGUGUUGAUAACUGUGUCUAUUACAUGCUGGCACCUAAGGGAGAGUACUACAAUUAUUCAGGUUGUGGAAACACAUUCAACUGUAAUCAUCCUGUGGUGCGUCAAUUUAUAUUAGACUGCCUAAGAUAUUGGGUAGCAGAAAUGCAUGUCGAUGGGUUUCGCUUUGAUCUUGCUUCCAUUAUGACCAGGAGUAGCAGUCUUUGGGAUUCAGUAAAUGUAUAUGGAGAUCCUUUAGAAGGUGACUUGAUAACAACUGGUACCCCUCUCAGCAAUCCCCCAUUGAUUGACAUGAUGAGUAAUGAUCCUGUACUUCAUGGAGUGAAGCUUAUAGCUGAAGCAUGGGAUGCAGGUGGCCUUUACCAAGUUGGCAGAUUUCCUCACUGGGGUGUUUGGUCAGAAUGGAAUGGGAAGUAUCGAGACAUUGUACGACAGUUUAUCAAGGGUACAGAUGGGCUUUCUGGGGCUUUUGCUGAAUGCCUUUGUGGAAGCCCAAACUUAUAUCAGAAAGGAGGAGGGAAACCAUGGAACAGUGUCAACUUUAUAUGUGCCCAUGAUGGUUUUACUUUGGCUGAUCUAGUUACCUAUAACAACAAACACAACUUAGCAAAUGGGGAAGACAACAAUGAUGGAGAAAGUCAUAACUAUAGCUGGAACUGUGGACAGGAGGGGGAGUUUGCAAGUAUUUCGGUAAAGAAACUGAGGAAACGCCAAAUGCGGAAUUUCUUCCUCUGCCUUAUGGUUUCCCAAGGUGUCCCAAUGAUUCACAUGGGUGAUGAAUAUGGUCACACAAAAGGGGGGAACAACAACACAUACUGCCAUGAUAAUUAUAUCAACUACUUUCGGUGGGAUAAAAAGGAAGAGUCUGCAUCUGAUCUCUUCAGGUUCUUCUGUCUUAUGACCAUGUUCCGCCGUGAAUGUGAGUCACUUGGCUUAAAUGACUUCCCAACGGCAGAGAGGUUGCAGUGGCAUGGUCAUACUCCUGGAAAGCCAGACUGGUCUGACACAAGUCGUUUUGUUGCUUUCACAUUGAUUGAUUCUGUGAAGGGAGAAAUCUAUGUUGCUUUCAACACCAGUCAUUUACCGGUUACAAUUACAUUGCCGGAUCGCCCAGGAUAUAGAUGGGAGCCAUUGGUGGAUACUAGUAAGCCUGCACCAUUUGAUUUUCUAUCCAAUGAAGUCCCAGAAAGAGAUUUGGCCAUCAAACAAUAUGCUCAUUUCCUUGAUGCCAAUCUAUACCCUAUGCUCAGUUAUUCUUCAAUUGUUCUUCUACUUUCACCAGAUGAAAAUGCUUAGUUUAAAAAUCCUAUCAACAUUUACUAGGUAAAUCUUAUACGACUGAAAAUGAAAUGCAUAUUGUAUAAAAUCUAUGCAUCAAACCAUUGACAUGAAGUAAAAUUAGUCUCAGAUCUAUACAGUAUAUUUCUAAA